GUCUUACAAAAAUAUCACAACCAUUCGAAUCAAAUUGAACACAGAAUACAUAGUGAGUUAGAACUGAAAUCGAAGCGAAGAUGUCUGGUACAGCAACCUGCGUAGACAUAAUACUCGCAAUCAUCCUUCCUCCGCUUGGCGUCUUCUUCAAGUUCGGAUGCCAGGUGGAGUUUUGGAUAUGCGUGUUGUUGACGUUGUUUGGAUGGAUCCCUGGGAUUAUCUACGCCAUCUAUGCCAUCACCAAGUGAUUCUUAUGGUGGGCAGGCUCACAUCAAAUCUUAUCCGGAUAAAACAUUGAAGCUGGUGUCAUUGCUGGUUAAUAGUUUGUUUCUUUGUUUUUUAAUUGGAUGUCGCGGUUAUUGUCUUCUUUUCGUAAAUGUUUUACUUUUACUUGUGGUUUUGCAUAGAGUUUGUCGUAUGUUUGUGGUCCAGUUUUUUAAUGUAAAAAUACUUCUCCAAUCUUCAUCUUGCUUUACAUUAUCAAAAUUAUGUAAUUCUUAAUAGUAAUACAUUUUCAGUAGAACACAGCUUUUGACAAUAAA